AUGCCGCCCUCCUCACCAGUACCCCUAACAGUCAUCGACACGAACACCACUCCCUGGCAGCCAUUCCCGGUGCCGUACCUGAAUGUCAACCUUGACCACAACCCACUUCACCAGGACGAGGGGUCCGGCAUGACCAUCCUCAAAUUGCAAUACAAGCGAGGCUUCACGAAUCCAUGGCAUUCUCACUACUGUGGACAUGGGUUUUAUGUCCUUGAUGGAAUCCUAGAUACUCAUGCGGGUCAGUAUGGGCCAGGAAGCUGGGUUUGGUUUCCCGAGGGAGGGACGAUGUACCAUGGCGCCACCAGAGAGAAAGACGUGACAGUCCUCUUCAUCACCAACAAGAAGUUCUCGAUCCACUUCGUCGGCGACGGCAGCGACCCAUGUGCUUUGCAGAUGCGGGAUGAGGAUUUGCGGAACAUUGUGCCUCAGCCUUCACAGUAG